GCGGAACUGAUGUGCUGAGCCCUUAUGAGGCUGUAGCUGGUAGCUAGCUAAAAAAAAAAGGUGAGGAAGAACCCAACCCUAACCCUAGGUUUCGAGACAAAGUCUCAUAUUGUUCAUCGAGCGCUAUCAGCUACGACGAACAUUUCCACUCUCUCGUCCUUGCCUUCUUUCUUCCCCGGCUCCGGCGAGCGGCCAAAACUUACCUCUCUCUCUCUCUCUUCCCCCACGUCUGUAUGUGACAAAUGUUUCCGUGUCAGAUUUCCUGCUGCUGUUUUGGUAAACCUAAAGCCAGCCGAAGUUCGGUCCGCACUGUAUAAAUAGCUGAAAGAAAGAAAGAAAGAUGGCUCUAGCCGGAGUUUUGCGGAACAGCAUUCGCCCCUUGUCAGUUCGAUGUUUUCUGCGGCUUUCGCCUUUCCCUGUUGCUCGUGCCAGUGGAGCUCGCCCAACAUUUUUCUCUGAUGUGCACCGGGGCUUGUCUUUGGAAAGAUUCUUUUCGACUUCUACAGCAGGUGCAGUCUUUAGCAGCUUGACUGAUAAUCGGUCCCCGAAGAGAAGGCCGGGAACCAAGCCUCGACGGAAACGAAGCAGCCUCAGACCUCCAGGCCCUUAUGCUUGGGUUCAGUAUGUUCCUGGAGAACCAAUACCUAGAAGUCGACCCAAUGAAGGAAGUGUUCAGGGAAGGAAGCGAAAGAAGCGCAUCAAGCAAAUGAAGGCAUUUAUAUUGUCUGAGAAAAAGAAACGCAAAGCUCAGUGGGCAGAGGCUAGGAAGAAGAGGGACAUGAAGAGGAUUGAGAGGAAGAUGGCUGCAGUGGCAAGGGAAAAAGCUUGGGCUCAAAGGUUGUUAGAAUUGCAGCAGCUUGAAGAAGCAAAGAAGGCAGCAAUGGCUGGAUAACAACUCGCCUUUGGAGCCUGACCUUAACUAGAGAGGUCCUCUUCAGAUGGGUAUUUCUGUUGAAUGAUGAAGGUUUUGCAGUAUUCUCAGAAGUCGCGGGCGGGCGAGCUGCCAUGGCAAGUGUUGAUUUUGAUGCUCCGAUUUAGAUGCAUUUUUCCCAUUUCCAAGAAUGAGGGCAGCAAGAGAAGGAGCUCUUUGUUUGUCUGAGUGCUAAAUGCAAACCUAAUGUUUCCUUGUGUAAUUUCACAAUGUUGGCAUUUGGAUGUUUGAGAGAGAAAUUUUGCAGUUCUUUAGUUAUCACACAGCGGGAGAACUGUACUACAUUCCUCGGUGAAGACUGUAGUAAUCUCACCAAGGGAUUAUAGAGUAACAUGGUUUGAAGAUAGCAGGGUCUUUCUUGAUUUUUUUUUUUAAAUUGAUACUUAAAGAGGAAUGGGCAGCAAUUCUUU